AUGAGAAAUUCUCAAACCACUUCAAACCUUGCAUACUUUGCUGAUCACUAAAGCAAUAUGCCAGUGGCAAGUACAAGGAUAAACAAUGUAGAAAUUAAAUCUUCAGUGGCUAAAAAAGAAAGCCGAUAAUUUAUAAACCAUGUAGAUGCAUUAUAAAGAAAAUCAAUAAAUGUUAAAAAUCUGCUUAUUAUAACUGAUGAUUAAGUAAAAUAAUUCACUAUUCUCAAGAAAUUGUUUCAAAAUGCUAAAGAAAGUGUACAAUCUUAUAGAAGUCCUAAAAACUGGCUAAAAAAAGAUGAGAAGUGUCUGGACUAAGGGAAUAAGGGAAAGAAGAGAGUACUUUCUCCAGUUGAAUAAAACGAAGUGAUUGAAUAUUUGCAAAGAAAAAAUGAAGAAUUAGCUUAAGAAAAUAAAUAAAAAUAAUAACUAAUUAAUAGAUUAUUGGGGGGAUGUAAUGGAUCUUAAAGGAUAAAGAAAGUUCAAUCACCUAAAUCUUUAAUGACAUUGAAAUAAAUUCCAAAAUCAGCUGAUGCUGAAAAGUAGAUGGAAACCUACUUUAGACUGCCUUUAAUUAAAACGCCAGAACCAUAAUUAGAAUAGAAACAGGAUAUUUAAAGAAGGUAGUUCUAUAAUGAAAGAAUUGAAUCGCUUAAUUUAUAUAACAUGAGUUUUGGAAAAUAAAUAAAUUAAAAUGAAGAAAAAAUAACAAAAGAAUAGUUUGAAAUGACAUCAAAUUACAAUGGACAAAGCAGUCUAAGAAAAAAAUUGCAUUCAUAACCUAAUCAUCCAAUUAAAAAGAAUCAUUUUUAAAAAUUCCUUUUAAAAUUGCCUUAGGAAUUUCAUUUAGGGAUGGACAAUCAAAAAAUAAAGCUUUGA